AUGGCUUCACGACGUAGUCUAUGUAUCGAUGAAAUACUAGACAUCAUUGAUGCCGACACGAGUGACUUUGCUGCAGGUAGUGGGGAUGAUGAUGAUGAUGACAUCGCAUUUGUACCUGCUAGAAUUCCUACAGAUGUUAGCAGUGAUGAUGACUUCAGUUCCUCUGAUGAUGAACCAUUAUCUAGUUUUGCUGCACCAGUCAGCAAAGGAAGGCCUAACAAAAGUGUCUACUGCUGGCGCAAGAAAACAUAUGAUGUCCCAGACACAUCUUUUUCAGGAGUGAUGGAUGGAAAAGUGGGCUCACCGUAUCAGUACUUCAGGGAAUUUGUCACUGAUGAUAUGCUAGAUAUAGUUGUACAAAAUACAAAUUUGUACAGUGUACAAAAAAAAGGCAAAUCUAUAGAUAUUUCAAAAAAAGAACUUGAACAAGUAAUUGGCAUGUACUUCAGGAUGGGCAUUGCACAAAUGCCUGGUGUUCGUGCUUACUGGGAAAAUGACACUAGGUAUGCCCCUGUAGCAGACAUAAUGAGUAGAAACCGUUUCCAGUCGAUUCUGUCAUUGAUUCAUUUUGUGGACAACUCCACAUGUACUGAUGCUGUCAAAAUGGACAAACUUUGGAAAAUAAGGCCAUGGACAUAUAUGUUCCGAGCUCAGUGUUUGAAAAUCACACCAGAGGAGCACAAUUCCAUUGAUGAGAUGAUGAUCCCCUUCAAAGGUAGUUUCAGUGGCAUAAAACAAUAUAUGAAAGGCAAACCUCACAAAUGGGGCUAUAAAAUUUGGGCUAGAGCUGGAGCAAGUGGAAUUUUGUAUGAUUUUGAUAUAUAUCAAGGUAAAAGAGGCAACACUUCAGACACGAGUAGUUUAGGUGUUGCUGCAGAUGUGGUUCUAAAACUCUCUUCCACACUUUCUGAUAAUAAAAACUAUAAAGUCUAUGCAGACAAUUUUCUUUCCUCCAUACCACUUCUGGAAGCUCUUCAGAACCAUGGAAUUCAUGAUUUGGGGACAAUUAGACCGAAUCGUCUCCGCAAUUGCAACCUUGAGUCUGAUGCUGAUCUAAAGAAAUAUGGAAGAGGAAGUUAUGACUUCCGGGUGGAGCAGAAUCACAAUUUUGUUGCAGUGAAAUGGCAUGAUACACGGGCGGUGACAUUAGUUUCUACUUACGCUGGCCCAGAACCAACAAGUCAAGUGUCCCGAUGGGAUAAAAGAGAGAGAAAUCAUGUCCAGGUCCAGAUUCCCCUCACCGUGAAAGAGUACAAUAGCUUCAUGGGGGGUAUAGACCUCCUGGACUGCUUCCUUGCCAAAUAUAAGUAUCACAUGAAGUCUCGGAGAUGA